AUGAAAACCGCAACUAAUCCCAACGUAGUGCGUAGAAGUUACAUUAUCGGAUCAACUUUAAAAGAUGAAGAUUUGAAAGAUUUUAUGAAUAUUACAACAAAUCAUCCAGUUAUUACAGCAUGGUUUAAUAAUGAUCCUUUUCACUCCCCUGGUAUUGCUUUAGGAAUGGUUUUGUCUGCCGUUUACAAUCACUAUACUAAAGGAACUAUUGAAUUUGUUAACAAACCAUUACCUUUUAAAGCUCAAACCCAAAUUGAUAACAUUGUUGGUGGACAAUCUCAGGGAUUCCAGUUUGCAUUUAAUAUUGGAUUCAGGUCGACUGUUUUUCCUAUUACUUUUGUUUGGUUGGUCCUUUAUGCCACUAUAUUAUGUAGCAUCAUUAAUAUUCACAGUUCCAUCGACAGGUUACACAAGGAUGACUCUCUUGAAGUCCUUACGACGCAAAGUGCAAACCUAAAACGUAUAGGAGAAACUUUGGAUAACGUUUUUCUUCUGUUCCCGCACUAUUCUUUAGCUACAGGAAUAAACAAAUGCUACACUAUCUAUUCAUACAACAAUCUUUGUGAAAAACUAUUUGACUCUUGUGCUCACAAUAAUAUACCUAAAGAUGACUGCAUUUUAAGAUUUCCAUCUACUGUCGCAGAUAUUUGUACCAAUCUAAAUGAAAACUACUUUUCAUGGAAUAAUAAUGGCAUCGCAAAAAAUGUUACAUAUUCAUUAAUUUCUGGUGUCGCGUGGACCAUAUUGCUAUUUAUUAUAGAAUACAAAUUCAUAGCCAGACUAAUGUACUACAUAAACCAAAAAUUCUUCCCGAAACAACCAAUUCACAUUCAAGACGAAGAUGAUGACGUCGCCAAAGAAAAGGAAAGGAUUCACAUGGCAACAGAUCACGAAAUACGUCAAACUAAUAUUUUAGUCGUGAAAGAUUUAACCAAAUACUACAAGAACUUUUUAGCUGUAAAUGGUUUGUCUAUUGGAAUUGAAAAGUCCGAGUGCUUCGGUUUGUUGGGUAUAAAUGGUGCAGGAAAAACUACAACAUUUAAAAUGAUGAGCGGAGAUGAAACUGUAUCUUACGGUGAUGCGUGGCUCGAAAUGACAAAUUACAUUAUUGAAAACGUUGACUUACAAAACACAUGCAAAAAAUUUGACGCAAAACACGACCCACUUUAA